AUGAGUUUGGGAUAUGGAAUGGUAUGGAAAUGGCCUGGUCUUGGUGAAAAUUGCUGGGAUGGUCAUGGUUUAUAUGCUAUUGUAAGAUUUUCUCCGUGUUCACGUUGAGUUUACCGUCGUUUUGCGAUCCAUUGCCAACAACAGGUCUAAUACUACAUUUGUCGUGAUUUGCAGCUAACAUUACCAAGUUUUUGUAUUGAAUUAUAUUGUUUUAGGCAUCAAACAUGUCCCCUUCGCCAUCUGCUCGUUCUCGAAGCCGUUCUGCUUCUCGCGAACGCCCGUCGAAGAGAGAAAAACGUCACAGAUCGAGAACUUACUCUCGGUCUCCAUCGCCCACAAAGUCCAACCGCCUUCACAUUGCCAACAUUGAUGAGUCGAUCAGAAAGCGGGAUAUCGAAGACGCGUAUGGAAAGUUCGGAAAAUUGGCUGAUAUUUGGGUGGCUUCGUAUCCUCCAUUCUAUGCCUUCGUCGUCUACGAGCAUGCGGAUGAUGCUGCGGCAGCUUUGAAGGUAAGGGUUUAAAAAUUUAUAUUGUCCUUGGUUUUUAGGCGAAGCUUGGAAAUAGUUAUGGAAAUGGAUGAUGUUUCAGACCUUUCUUGAUUUUAUUAGAUGCAUUGGGAGGAUUCUUCCUGGAAUUAGGUGUUUUUUACCAAAAUUUUGAUAAAAGGACAAGUUUAUAUUAUACUUGGUACACCUCAAUGGAAUGUACCAAAGCACUUGAUAUACGUGUUGGUUUACGUCUAAAACAGUAUUACUAGAUGCGCAGUAGACUGCUUGAGCUCUUAACAGCAUUUUUUGAAUUAUUUCCGGGCUGAACCUUUACUUCUGGUCACUUAUAUUAUCCAUGGCAUGAGCAAUAUAAUUUCUUAAUAAUUUCAGGAAAUGAAGUCUGGAUACGUUCGGGACUGCCACAUCCGCACAUCAAUUGCUCUGCCAAGGAACAGCGGCCGCCGUGGACCACCACCUCGUCGCUUCGGCGGCGGUGGAUACGGAGGCGGAUAUGGAGGCGGCCGUCGUUCGCCUUACAGCCGUCGUUCUCGCUCUCCUCGUCACUCCAGACGUCGCUCCCCAUCACCACCUCGUCGCUCCCGCUCUCCUCGCCGCAGAAGACGUUCGUCGUCCGGCUCUCGCUAA